CCGUGCGCCGAAAUCGCUCAUAGGAUUCAAGCGGUUUCGUCCAAAAACAAACAAAUGCGAAACGAGUUGCUAAUGGGUAUCACGAGGUCAGCUUUUGGUUCGUCAUCGGGCAUUAUGUUUGCACAUCAAAUCGCGAAUGUGUGCUCGUAAAUAGCAACAGUUGUUAUUUGCGUUUUGAUGCAAUAACAAGCGAAAGAUAAAAGCGUCCGAAAACUUUAAUUGGUUCGAUUUUCGUGGUGCGAACAUUGGCGGAAAUCGUUCCGCUGGCCUGGUGUAGUGUCGUGUCGACGUAAUGGCUGCCGAAAGCCUGGAAUCGAAAUUCACGUCGCUGCGGCAAGCGGUCGAAUUUGUAAACGUUGCCGACCAGUAUCCUUGCAACAAAGAUUUGUUUUGUAAAUACAAGUUGAACGACUACCGUCCUCAGGAAGGCGAUCGGGUGGCCAUAUUUAAGCUAGGGUGGAAUUUCGUCAAAGACUACCUCGUUUUCGAGUGGGCGCCCGUAUCGCCCGUUGACGACCUUUGCUCCGUCACUUUUAACCAACUCAAUUUGCCGAAAAGCCCCUUGGAAAUCUACCAGCUGUGUUACAUCGGGGCGGAGAACGAGGUCCAUGGUGCCAGUUCUCCGUUUAGUUUUUGUGGAUGCGGCAGCGCCAGCGGCCUAAAUACGUCGCAAUGCGUCGAUAGAAACGACGUUGAUAAAGAUAUGGAAAUAUGCAGGCUCAGGGAAGAAAAUGCUAUCCUGAAACAGUCUCUAAAGGCUAUAUUGGGCCAGGAACACGGCGGCCACUGGAAAGCUCACGACAGUGAUAUCAAAGAAUUGAAAAGGUUAGUUGAGGAGAUCAAUUCGAAAGUCGUCAAGCAGCAGGCCGAGAUCGAUACACUCAAGGGCAAAAUACGCGAGAGCGGCGAAGAGUACAGGAAACUGUACCUCGAGAAGGCAAAAGUCGAAAAAAAAUAUGAAAAGUUAAAGGUUAAGAAGGUGGAAAAGACUGUAGAUAAUUUCGAUAUUGGCGAUCUAAAGUCAAUCCCCCCGUUUCCCUCGUUUGUCAAGUAAUUGCGUCUGUGGGUACCUUAUUUAUUUUGUAUAUAGGUGUAAAUUUGUCGCGAUUCGCGAGCGUUUGUGAUUAAAUUAGUGUUACGUAAUAUAUUCCAUUUAAAGGUGUUUCGCUUUUGAUAGAAAAUUGUCCAAACGUACCAGCACAUGUUUUAUUUUAAUAAAAGUUUUA